AUGAAUCAAUCUUCAGUAUCCAUUCCAUCCGAAUGGCCCCCGUUUUUCACCCGUCUAGCACAAAUAUUCUUCCAGAUCAAUACGCAUCUAACGUUCCUAUCUUCACAUUCACGUAAUAUCAUCCCAUCCAUUGAACUACUCCAGAAAUUAAACAAUACAAUCAUACCCCUCGAUCUAGUCAUCAUCAAACUGAUAUUCCCACCAGGUGAAAUCUUUUUUGACUAUGUUGAUGAAAACCAAGUGCAAUUGUCAUUCAUAGAAGAAGUCAAGAUUGAUCCAUAUAAAGGAUACCAGCAGACACCCAUAGCCGACAAACUCCCUGAUGAACAUGAACAUCAUUCUAAGCAUAUCCUAAUUUUCGAUUUCCAAGAUGCAAAGCUACAUAGUAUAGCUGCAGCAGUGAAGGGCAAAAAGAGGGUGAGGUAUGAACAAGGGGUCGAUUUUGACCAUGAUCAACGUAGGGAGUUUUUCCUUUCUAGUUCUGCUUACAAUUUGACACCACUUACUCAUUCACAACUUAUUCACUUGAUUAAUAGUAGAAAUGGAAAGUUUAUUGAACUUAUUAAGGAAUACAUUGAUCAAUUUCAUGGUCAACUGAAGUAUUCUCUUGCUGAAGAGAAGUUGCUCGCCAAAGCAAAUAAACUCAUUCCUGAACCACCUCAUUUGACAGAUAUAAUAGAAGACGUUCAAGAAAAAGACGAGAUCAUCCAAGAACUGACAAUGGACUUAUCUUCAGAUGAAAUGAUUCAAGCUUUAAAAGAUUCUCGUAUUUAUCAAGAUCAAAUUGCAAUUGUACAGACGUUAGAUCAAGCAAAGGGACCAGAAUAUAAUCAAUUGUCUGCACGAGUAUCAGAUACUAUUCAUCCUGAUCUUAAACAAGCGUUACUCGCUGCCAAAGGCAUUUCCAUAGAUGAAGGACUUUAUACGCAUCAAACAAUGGCUUUAGAAAAUCUUCUAUCUAAUGAUUCUCAUGUCAUUGUAAGUACACCCACGGCAUCAGGUAAAUCUUUAAUUUAUCAAAUCCCUAUGCUUAACGCUAUACUAUGGGAUAUCCAAUCGGGGCUAAAAACGCGAUACUCCACAGCAUUCUUUAUUUUCCCCACCAAGGCCCUAGCACAAGAUCAAUUACGACAUCUCCGCGAUUUUAUCAAGUAUAUCCCCAACCUUAAGCGACCCAUUACAGUCAAUGCAUACGAUGGAGACACACCAUUUAAAGAACGAGAGCAAAUCAUGAAGGAAUCGGACAUCCUAUUUACGAAUCCCGACACAAUCCACGCAUCGAUUCUCCCCAAGAAUCACUAUGGUCCAUGGAAGGAAUUCCUCACUCAGUUGAAGUUUGUCGUCAUGGAUGAAUUGCAUGUAUAUCGCGGUACUUUUGGGAUUAAUGUUAGUUUUGUCAUGGGGAGAUUACAAAGAAUCAACCACAUGUUGAGUCCUGGCGAUAAACCAGUUCGGUUUGUUUCGUGUUCGGCUACCAUUCAGAAUCCCGUGUCUCAUUUUCGAGCAGUUUGCUCAUUGAGUCAAGAGGACACUGUGGUUCAUGUCGCUCAAGAUGGAAGUCCGCAUUGUGAAAAGAAAUUAGUGGUAUGGAAUCCUCCAUUACUAAUGAAUAAGCGAGGUGAUAAACAAAAGACAGACAGUAAUAGUCCAAUGGCUCCUCGAGUAGGUAUGAUUGCAGAACUGGCAAAAGUAUUGCUAAGUUUAUUAUCGGCAUAUAAAGAGAUCAAGGCUAUUGUAUUCUGUCCCAUUCGAGUGGUAUGUGAAAUGUUAAUGAAGGAAGUACGGUAUCUACUUCAAAACACUUCUUUCUCAAAAUCAGGAAUAGAUCAAAGUGACAUAUUGGCAUAUCGUGGAGGGUAUAGCAAAUCUGAUCGUCGAAUCAUUGAACGAAAAAUGUUUGAUGGACAAUUACGGGCUAUCAUCGCCACUAAUGCAUUAGAAUUAGGGAUUGAUUUAUCUGAUUUGGAUGUGGUUAUAUGUUGUGGGUUCCCCAUGCUGAAACUGAACUUGCAUCAACAGUUUGGACGGGCAGGGAGGGGUCACCGAACCAGUGGAAGUCUUGCGAUUUUCGUGCCUGGUCGUAAUCCCUUGGAUCAGUAUUAUCUAGAUAACCCAUUGGAACUUGUUGAUCGAACAUAUGAAGAAUUAUGUGUACAGGGGUUAAGAAAUAUGGAUUCAAGUUCGUUAAUCUUGGAACGGCAUUUGCAAUGUGCGGCAUAUGAAGAAGCUAUUGAUUUACAAAACGACUUCAAGUGGAUCCUCCCAGGUGGUUCUUUCAAAAUGUAUUCCCAACUCGUAGAGUCGCAUUUACUAUUAGAUAAUGAUGGAAAAUACAAGCCACAUCCACUGUUCUUGCCUAAACCUCAUAACCUUGUGCAAAUUCGGGCGGUGGAAGAAGUUCAAUUUGCCGUGGUUGAUAUUACAAACAAUCGAAACAUAAUAAUUGAAGAAGUUGAAGCGUCAAGAACAAGUUUCACGCUUUAUGAAGGCGGUAUUUUCCUCCAUCAAGGACAGCAAUACCUCGUUAAAGAAUUCAACCACAAGGAUCACUAUGCCAAAGUCGAGCGGGUUAAUGUUGAUUGGACGACCCUGCAGCGAGACUUCACCGACAUAGACCCAGAAGAAGUCGAGCUGGUUAAACCAUUAUACCCUAUGGAACAUCCACAACCAUUAGACAUCCCGGCAUUUUUUGGCAAAAUCAAAAUCACCAUGAAAGUGUUUGGAUUUUUCAAAGUGAAUCGUCGUGAAGAGAUAAUUGAGGCUGUGGAAGUCAAGAACCCACCAGUUAUAAUGCAUGCCAAAGGGUUUUGGAUCAAUGUUCCUCGUCAAGUGUUGAAAAUCCUUGAAGGUAAACAAUUGUCGGCAGCCGGUGCCGUGCAUGCCUCCGAACAUGCCAUCAUGAACAUGCUUCCUAUUUUCAUCAAUGGAUCUCCUGACAAAGGAGCUACUAUUGGCACAUUGGAACUUGCAACUGAAUGCAAAGCGCCAACUAAAGAAUUCUCGGGUCGGGAAUCUUCCAGGAAACGUCCAGCACGAUUGAUCUUUUAUGAUACGAAAGGGGGGAAAUUGGGAUCAGGAAUCUCGUAUAAAUCAUAUGAAUGUAUUGAUGCUAUACUACAUGCUACGUUUAAACGAGUCAAGAAUUGUCUUUGUGAAUGGGGGUGUCCCCUUUGUAUCAUAAGUAGUGAUUGUCGAGAGCAAAUGAAAGUCAUUUCGAAACCAGGCGCUAUUCUUGUUCUUGGAUCCAUCCUAGGCAAAGAUUUGGACAUACUUAAGGACGAGGUUCCUGAUGGACCCGAGUUUAAUAUGCCCGAUGUGAACACGGAUACAAUUGUUGAAAGCUCAUCCAACGUGAAGUUCUCGCCCGAUGUGAAAAUCCUACAAGUCACGAGAAACAGAAGGUGUUUUACAGGAGUAUAA